UUCCAUUGGUUGGUGACUUAGAAAGAAAGAUAUAUUAUUGACAAGUGCUGAAUUGUUGAGUAUGGAAUAAAUGAUGAGGCAGAGAUAAGAUUAAGGAAAAGAAAUAAAGAAGUGACAAUAAUUUAUAGUAUUAAAAGGCCAAGGAAAUAUCACUAAAGCUUACAUUAAACGCUUAAAUAACACAAUUUCCACCCUCUAAACCACCCCAAACACUUCCCCCAUAACCCCCUCAACCACUUUCAAUCCCCUCAACCACGCUCAGCAAGCACACACCUCUCCCUACCUCUCCCUCCCUCCCCCUCAACCCCAAUGCAAAGACCCUUACACAUAAACCUCAGCCAAAUUCCCUUCCCAAGCUCCCACUCCAAAGAUCCCAUCCAGCACAAUCCUUCAGCCAGGUGCCCUUGCGGCAUGGACUCAGUACAAGUGUGCACGAAGGACAACAAAUUCUUAUGUAGAGAUUGUGCAGAAAUGAGUGGCCACCAGGUAAUGAUAGACUUCAUCAAACUUAAGAAGAACUUGAACCACAAACUUAAUAAAUGAAGACAACUGAUAUCCCAAAACUCUCUCUACCUCGAAUACAAAAAGAACUUCAUUUCCCAAAAAUGCUACGACCAAGCUCUCAAAAAUUACCAAGCCCACAUAGAACAGCACAACCGAUGAGUCCAAGAAAUUACCCACAUUUUCGAAAAAAUUAGUGACCAGAAUGCGCAAGAAAUCCAGCAGGCUUCUUCAAGAGUUGAUGUUUUAAUCGGGGACAUUGAGAACCCACCUUGAAAUAGAGACUUGGAAGCUGAAAUGAGGACUGUAUAUGUACAACUGAUUGAAGAGGUCAACCAGAUUGAAGAUCCAGAGGAUUCGGAAAAUUUAGAGCUUGAUUUAGUGAGUGUGAUUUAUACCCUUCCAGAAUAUGAGGAGAUUAGGAUGAAGUUAAGGGAAAGUGAAGAGUUGAGGAAUAAGUAUGCUGAGCUUAGAGUGAAGUAUGAGAAGUUGGGUAAAGUCAGAUCGAGAGGUGUGAAAGGUAGAAGAGAUAGAAAAACCAAGAAGAAAAUAUUAAAAUCUUCUACUAUUUUCUCUCAGGCUGAAAUUCUACCGAAAAGAAUUAAAAUCUUAAUAAAAUUACCUGGAGAUGAAACUCUUUCCAUGAAAGUUUCACAGACGGAUCCAAUUUCGAUCAUAAAACACAAGAUCUUCAAAAUCCAUAAUAUUCCAACGAAGGACCAAAAAUUAACCUUCCUCCUGACAGAAUUGCAAGACAAAAAUUUAGUUAAUGACUACAAAAUUCAGACAAAUAGUGUGUUAAAACUCUCCAUUAAGCCCUCUGCUUUGGGAGAGCUUACAACUCUAAGCAUUCAUACAGAUGAUGGAAUCAAAUAUAACAUCAAAGUGGCCUUAGAAGCCACUGUUUAUCAUAUAAAAAACAAGAUUUCCAGCACAUUUAAUAAUCCUGUUACUGAUAAGAUACUUAUCCUACAUAAUACUCCUCUAAACGACCGAAGAACCCUCCUCUCUUACAACUACACUCAAGGAGACAUUCUGUAUCUCGAAGACCCUAAAAUAACCCUCAGAAUCAACCUCCCCAACAACAAAAUCCUAACCACUGAGAUAAGACCAGAAGAAACCAUCAAAUCCCUAAAAGAAACCCUCCACGACCAAAACAUCCUCAAAGACGACACCCAAAAACUCUACUUCAACAACACUGAACUAAAAUCAGUCUACAAGACUAUAAAACAAGUGGGGAUUCAGCAGGGAAGUGAUCUUUAUUUAUUUUAA